AUUAAUAAAAACAUAUGUGUUUACAUUAAGUUCAUGAUAAAGCAUUAGUUGUUUCCACUAAAUUGCUGCAUGAUGUUUUACAGUGUAUAAGUCAAAGAAGACUUCAUUUUUGUUGGUGGUAAUAAUGCAGUUAAAUAUUGGGUGAAGGAGGAACUGUAAACAGUCAUAUGUCCCGUAUAUACAGCUAUGGUAUGUGGAUGGAUCAUCAUGACUGGCAGCGAGGGAGAAGUAGAGGUCACAGGCGCUACGAUGAUGAUGAUGAGGCCCAGCCAGUCUACAUCGGCGUUCCAGUUUCCCACAGACGGAAAAGGCGUAGACAUCAUUCCUAUGCGAGUGACCCUGACUGUGACACACGGCACACACACUACGAUCACCACACACACCGUGAACACUCACGCCGGGGAUACUACCACGACAGAGAGGAGCACUAUGACGAUGACGAGGGCAGCACAGAGCGCCACGAGCACGCCGACCCCUCAGUAUCCCCUGCAGCAGAGCGGCUGCGCCACAUACUGGCGGAGGAUGACAGCACCCCAACGCCCACAAUAUUCACCGAGAUGGACACACUACAGCAUGAGGGGGGCGAGUUAGAGUGGAAAGAGUCUGCAAGGUGGGUGAAGUUUGAGGAGAAGGUGGAGGAGGGAGGAGAAAGAUGGAGCAAGCCUCAUGUCUCCACGCUGACCCUCCACAGCCUGUUUGAGCUCAGGACCUGUCUGCAGACAGGAAGCAUUCUGCUCGACCUGGAGGGCUACUCACUGCCACAGAUCGUGGAUGAGAUCGUGGAUCGGCAGAUAGCUGAUGGUCUCAUUCUUCCGGAUCUGAAGGAGAAGAUCAGCUUUGUGUUGCUCCGGAAGCACCGUCACCAGACCAAGAAACCAAUCCACCGCUCGCUGGCAGAUAUAGGAAAGUCCUCCAACACUGCUUCCAACCGUAGUCCUCAGGUUAAUCUGAAUCGUAGUACUAGUUCAGCUUCUGGGAUCCACCACUCCACAGAAGACCUACGCUCUCGGCAGUCAAGCAGCCUUGGCCGCCUGCAUCCUGCCCAGAGCCGAAGCAUGAAUGAUAUUUCAGACACACCGAGCACAGACCAGCUGAAAAAUAAGUUCAUGAAGAAGAUUCCUCGUGAUGCCGAAGCAUCAAAUGUCCUGAUUGGUGAGGUGGAUUUUCUGGACAAACCAUUCGUCUCCUUUGUACGUUUGGCUCAGGCCACGACUCUGGGAGGCCUCACCGAGGUCCCUGUGCCGACAAGGUUUCUCUUCAUCUUGCUGGGUCCUCAUGGCAAAACCAAGUCCUACAAUGAGAUUGGCAGAGCUAUUGCUACGCUCAUGGUGGAUGACCUGUUCAGUGAUGUUGCCUAUAAAGCAAGGGACCGCGAAGACCUGAUCGCAGGUGUUGAUGAGUUUCUGGAUGAGGUGAUUGUCCUCCCUCCAGGGGAAUGGGACCCAAAGAUACGCAUCGAACCCCAAAAGGUUCCAUCGGCAGAAAUGAGGAAGUCAGUGCUGAAUCUGAACGAGCUGGGUCAAAUGAACGGCUCGGCAGGUGGGGCAGCUGGAGGAGAAGAUGAGGAGCUUCCAGCUCCACAUGAGCUUGGAGAGGAGCUGAAAUUCACUGGGAGGUUUGGAGGUGGAUUAUGGCUGGACAUCAAACGGAAGAUCCCAUGGUAUUGUAGUGAUAUCUACGAUGGCUUCCAUAUCCAGUCCAUCUCUACUGUGCUCUUCAUCUACCUGGGCUGCAUCACCAAUGCCAUCACCUUUGGAGGACUGCUAGGGGAUGCUACCGACAAUUACCAGGGAGUGAUGGAGAGUUUCCUUGGCACUGCUUUGGCAGGGACAGUCUUUUGUUUGUUUGGUGGGCAACCUCUCAUCAUCCUCAGUUCAACUGGGCCCAUUCUCAUCUUUGAAAAACUGCUUUAUGAAUUCAGCAAGAGCAAUGAUAUAGACUACAUGGAGCUGCGUCUGUGGAUUGGCCUUCACUCAUGUCUACAGUGCUUUCUGCUGGUAGUCUCAGACGCCAGCUACAUUAUCAAGUACAUGACCCGCUUCACAGAGGAGGGAUUCUCCAGCCUCAUCUCCUUCAUAUUCAUCUCUGAUGCCAUUAAGAAGAUGGUAGGAGUCUGGAAGUAUUACCCAAUCAACAGUGGCUUCAAGCCUGACUACAUCACUGCCUAUAAGUGUGAAUGCAUCGCGCCAGACCAGGCAUCUGCUCUGGGCUUGAAUGUUUCAGCUCCACUUGCAGAUGAUAAUAUGACUCUGCUGUUUAACUUGACAGGCAUGGACUGGAGUCAGCUGAGUAAGAAGGAGUGUGUGAAGUACGGUGGCAUGCUGGUGGGGAACUCCUGUAAGUAUGUUCCCGACCUGGCCCUCAUGUCCUUCAUCCUCUUCUUUGGCACCUACUCCAUGACUGUUUCUCUCAAGAAGUUCAAGUUCAGCCGCUACUUUCCAACAAAGCUCCGUACCCUGAUCAGUGAUUUUGCCAUCAUCAUUUCCAUCCUGGUCUUCUGUGGACUGGAUUGCCUGCUGGAGCUGGAGACCCCCAAACUGCACGUGCCCACUGAGAUCAAGCUGAGGAAGCUAAUCAGUGAUUUUGCCAUCUUCAUGUCAAUCAUAUCCUUUGUGGGUCUGGAUAUGUUGAUGGGGUUAGACACACCAAAACUAAUCGUUCCAACUGAGUUCAAGCCCACUCGUCCUGAUCGGGGCUGGUUGGUGAUGCCGUUUGGUAAGAACUCCUGGUGGUGGUAUCUGGCCAGCGCCGUUCCCGCUCUCCUGGUCACCAUCCUCAUCUUCAUGGACCAGCAGAUCAGCGCUGUCAUCGUCAACCGCAAGGAAAACAAGCUGAAGAAAGGUUGUGGCUACCACUUGGACCUGUUCUGGGUGGGUGUGCUGAUGGCUGCGUGCUCCUUCAUGGGUCUGCCCUGGUACGUAGCAGCUACUGUCAUCUCCAUCGCACACAUCGACUCUCUGAAGAUGGAGAGCGAGUCCAGCGCGCCUGGAGAGCAGCCACAGUUCCUCGGAGUCAGGGAGCAGAGGUUGACGGGCACUCUGGUGUUCGUCCUGACUGGAGUCUCAAUUUUCCUGGCUCCCAUUCUCCAGUACAUCCCCAUGCCAGUCCUGUAUGGAGUGUUCCUCUACAUGGGAGUGGCCUCACUGAGUGGCAUCCAGUUCUGGGAGCGUAUCAAGCUGUAUCUGAUGCCACCCAAACACCAGCCAGACUUCUCCUUCCUGCGUCACGUUCCUCUGAGACGCGUCCAUCUUUUCACCGUCGUCCAGAUCAUCUGUUUGGCCGUCCUCUGGAUCCUGAAGUCCACCUUCCUGGCCAUCAUCUUCCCAGUAAUGAUUCUGGGUCUGAUGCUCGUCCGGAAGCUGCUGGAUCUGAUGUUCUCACAGCACGACUUGGCCUGGCUGGACGACAUCCUGCCAGACAAAGACAAGAAGAAGAAGGAGGAUGAGAAGAAGAAGAAGAAGAAGGAGAAGAAGGCGGCAGAACCGGAGAGCGACGAGGAGGAGAUGAACCCGUACUCGACUGUCACAUCCGAUCAAAAUGAAUUAGACCGCAGCAUCACUCUGCACCUGAAGAUCACCUGCCCCCCCUCACCUGCCCACUCCCAGGCGAGCCUCGCCCCCGGGGACGCUCCGUCACACCUGCCGCCCCGCCAGCCCGUGCCCCAGGUCAGCAUCCAGGUGGAGUCAGACUACGAGGAGUCUGGCUUCUACUCCAAACGGCAACACUGCCCUUCUCCCCCCACCGAGCCGCCUCCACCUGCAGCACACAGAGACUUCCACCGGAAACUGCAUGCUCACUUUGGUGACUGUGCUGAGACCGUUCUGUAGACACACAGGAGGCUUACUGGUGUGAUCUCACAGCACGCACACACACACACACACACACACACACACACACACACACACACACACAGGGAAGGUGCAAAGUGUUGCAUACUGAGUAUAUCUGCCAGAUCUGUCCAUGUGUUGGUUUAAAUUCAGUUUUCAGAGGCUGAAGCGCAGCCUAAUAAGCAUACAUGAAGUGCUCUUUCACACGUAUUAAUUGGAUUUUUAUCAGAUUUAAUGCCAUUGUGUUAUACAGCUCUUAGCGCGCAGGUCGUAUCUCUGUGAACUGGCAGAGCAUCGAGGUGCCCGGAGAAACCAGCUUCCUGUAGUGACGAUAAAUAGCGGCAAAGAAACAACCAAAAUGUGUUAAUAAUAAAUGCGUGAACCCGUGUUAGGCAUCAGUUCUGCUGAUCAUGAUUUGUUGGUCUUUGCUCUUUUCUUUUCUUGUGCAUUUAACGGGUGGCAGGGUGACUUACAUCAUGGUUUAUGUGCGUUAUGGAUGUAAAGCCCUGAAAAUGGAAUAAAACAGCAUUUAAAAUGGUUUGAUUGGUUUGUUUUGUGAAGAGGUCAGAACACGAGGCCCUUGUACUGUUACACCUCCUUAACAUGAUUUAGUUCCUUUUGACUCUCUUUUGUUAGUUUCAGUGUUAUUUGUAAGAGUGUACUCAUUUAAGCAGGAUCAAUUCAUUUUGUUGACACGAGUGAUCAGAUUCUGUUACAUGUUGAGACGUUUCCUUAAAUGUAUCGAAGUUUACUUUUUGACAAACACGCUGCCGAAAAAGGAAUUUUAAUCGAGGUAAACAAGAGUUGAACUGCAAUGAUUAGUCGAUUAAUCGACUGAAGUCUCCAAUUAAUCAGGAAUAAUUUGACCAUCAAUUGUCAUUUAUCAAGCAAAAAGAAAAAAAAAAUCACUGGUUCUAGCUUCUUAAAUAUUAAUAUUUGCUGGUUCUGUGAUAAUCAAAGUAAACGUGGCAAUACUGCAAUUUCAAAAUAAAAGUAAAAAUACUUGGCCCCUGUGACUGCUGUACUAUACUGUGUAUUGUAAUAUUGGUUUAUUAUUGCUGAUGCAUCAAUGUUGGAGCAACAUUUUACUCUUAGCUGGUCGAGGUGGAGCUAGUUUUAACUGCUUCACACUGUUAAGUAUUUCAAUCUAUAACACUGCAUUUUGUUUUAUAAUCUCAUGUUUUGAAUGUAAAGUCUUUAUUAACUAAAGCUGUGAAAUAAACUUAGAGCAGAAAAAGUACAAGUACUGUCCAUUUGUACUUAAAUAUAGGACUUGAGUAAAUGUAUUUGUUACAUUCCACUGAUCACCGUCACCUUGAGCACCAAACCGCAAAGUUUGAAGAAAUAUAAGCUUUGUGUAAUUUAAUAUAGUCGGCUGGUGCUUUGAGCAGGGGAAGGAAAAGGACUUCUGCUGUGUAGAUUUCAGAUCUCGUUGGGAAUUCCACUUUGAGAUCAAACAUUUGUAAGAAUCAGAAAUAACCAGCUGUCCUGGAGGCCGCUAAGCCUUUCGGAUCCUCUACUAAACCAUAAAAAAAAAAAAAAAAAAAUCAAUCAAGUGACCAGCUGACAGUGAGAAGCCAUUUUAUUGGUUAUGAACAACAUUUGUAACAGCAGCGCUGGAAGUCAUAAUGAAAACAUUUCAGGUCUCAGAUCUAACAACUAGAACCUGUUAGUGAACUUUUAUCAAUAUUGGACCACUUCAACCACAAACAUGUAUCCAGUUUUACAUCGUGUGUAUUUUCUGUCACCAAACAGAUGAAAUUACCUCAAAUCAAGUUCUAGAAGCCACAUUUCCACCGUCAGCUAAAGCAGGCAAAAUGCGAAGUGAAAUUAUUAAAGGCCAAUGGAAGCAAAAUUCAGAACUCUUAACCUUUAUUGAAACUUAAAAAGGAAGGGCUGACAGCUGAUCAGAAGGAGCGGUUUAACACUGGAAUAAAUGUUGGGUAAACUGAGACAUCUUAAAGCAGAAGCUGAUUAGUUUCCUCCGCGGAGACGGAGCACAAGAUGGAGGGUGGACUCCUUCUGGAUGUUGUAGUC